CGUGCGCGGUGGGCGGAGCACGGCUUUUCCAGCUCCUUUGCCAGCCCAGGUCUUCCCAGUCUUGCACAGCUGGUGUGGUGCUCGUGUUUCCCCAUCUCGUCGUGGAGCGUCGCUGCCGAGUGGGCGCUAGUGUUCGCGUCGUCAUGGCUGGUUACGAAUACGUGAGCCCGGAGCAGCUGGCUGGCUUUGAUAAAUACAAGUACAGUGCUGUGGAUACCAAUCCACUCUCUCUGUAUAUCAUGCAUCCAUUUUGGAACACUGUAGUAAAGGUAUUUCCUACUUGGCUGGCUCCAAAUCUGAUAACCUUUUCUGGCUUUCUGCUGGUUGUGUUCAAUUUUCUGCUUAUGGCAUACUUUGAUCCUGACUUUUAUGCUUCAGCACCGGGGCACAAGCAUGUACCUGAUUGGGUCUGGAUUAUAGUGGGCGUCCUCAACUUCGUAGCCUACACGCUAGAUGGUGUGGAUGGAAAGCAAGCCCGUAGAACCAAUUCCAGCACCCCGUUAGGGGAGCUUUUUGACCAUGGCCUGGAUAGUUGGUCAUGUGUUUACUUUGUUGUAACUGUGUAUUCCAUUUUUGGACGAGGAUCAUCUGGUGUCACUGUUUUUGUUCUUUAUCUCCUGCUAUGGGUAGUUUUAUUUUCUUUCAUCCUGUCCCACUGGGAAAAGUAUAACACAGGGAUUCUUUUCCUGCCAUGGGGAUAUGACGUUAGCCAGGUGACUAUUUCCUUUGUCUACAUAGUGACUGCGAUUGUGGGAGUUGAGGCCUGGUAUGAACCUUUCCUGUUUAAUUUCUUAUAUAGAGACCUAUUCACUGCAAUGAUCAUUGGUUGUGCAUUAUGCGUGACUCUUCCAAUGAGUUUAUUAAACUUUUUCAGAAGCUAUAAAAAUAACACCUUGAAACACAAUUCAGUCUAUGAAGCUAUGGUUCCCUUCUUUUCUCCAUGUUUGCUAUUCAUUUUGUCUACAGCAUGGAUCCUCCGGUCACCUUCAGAUAUUUUAGAGUUACAUCCUAGAGUAUUCUACUUAAUGGUUGGAACAGCCUUUGCCAAUAUCACAUGUCAGCUGAUUGUUUGUCAAAUGAGCAGUACCCGGUGCCCAACUUUGAAUUGGUUUCUGGUUCCUCUCUUCUUGGUUGUCAUAGUGGUAAAUGUAGGAGUAGCCUCUUACAUUGAGAGCAUUCUCCUGUUUACAUUAACAACUGCUUUCACUCUGGCCCACAUCCAUUAUGGAGUACGAGUGGUAAAGCAGCUGAGCAACCAUUUUCAGAUUUACCCCUUCUCAUUGAGGAAACCAAACUCAGAUUGACUAGGAAUGGAAGAAAAGAAUAUUGGCCUGUAAUCUACAGAAAGAAGUACUGUAAAUAAGAUGCUUGUAAAUAUUUCAUCCAUCACCAUUGAACUAAAUUGAUCUGCUUAACAGACAUGGGAACUCAGUGUGUGUGGUACUUGGACAGCAGGAGUGAUACAUAUGAUCUGAACUUGUGGAAUUUUCAACCUACUAACUCCCAGCUUCUUUUAUUUUGUUUUUUCUAAAGCCAUGUGAUGUUUUGGUUAAACGUAAUAUGCAUUAGACCAGCAAAAUGUUCCUAGUAAUUUUAGCUUCAGGAGUCCAUAAUGUUUUGGUUCAUACAGAGUUAAAGAUGCCUUGGUUUUUAUUUUUAAAACCCCCAAAUUUGUUUAGGAACACUGAUAACAUUCAGAAGACCCAAUAUGUUUUCAUAUUUGGUACUUAGAAGUAAGUCUUUAGCUGUGGAAGCUAUCAAUAGCCCAAAUCCAACAUAGGGAAGAGAUAAGAGCAAGUCAUCUUCAGCAAGAGAUGCCAAAUGAUUACAAAACAAUAUACAGUUGCCAAAUACUGGUUUCUCUUUCCCAUGGAAAUGCCUUUUGUCCUCAUGUGCUAAGAGAGCUUUUAUAUAUAUAUAUAUAUAUAUAUAUAUAUUUAGAUUCUCUAGUAUUCUGGCUCUCUUUGUUAUGGAACGGAUCUUGAUAAAUGGUUUAAUUUUCUUUUAAAGAAAAAUAUUCUCUUGGGACUUAGUAGAGAGUGGAUUGUAAUUGUAGCUCACUCAUUGGCAUGGUUCAUUGUUUAAAUGUGGCAUUUUUUUCCCCCUCAGCUGCAAGUUGCUGAGAUUUGGUGCCUAUGAACUAUGAUCAUAUGAAUGCAUGUGACAGUCCCAGUCUUACAAUAAUUACUUGUGAGGAACACAGAUAAACUUCCUUAGAAGAAAAAUUCUCUUAGGAGUUAGGAAUCUCAUGAACCUCACUAUGAAAUUAGUUUUCUGAUUGAAUUUGUCCUUCCUCUCCCCCUCUGUCUUUUUCUGUGGAAGAGGGUGCUGUGUCUUUUAUUUCAUGCAGGAUAAAGAAAUAGAUUAUUUCAUGCAGGAUAAAGAAAUAGAAAUUCUCUCUUCCUCAACUUGCUCACUUCCCCACUUGAAGAAAAUUUUUGAUAUAUAUGCCUUACUGAGUAUGUGCUCCCUUUAUGUGACUUGGAGUAAUUUUUUAGGUUUACUGACAAACAUAAAAAUCUCUUUGACUUUAGUAUGGUUGUUUUAGGAUCACACCUUUUCGUGAAUGUGGAUAUUCUAUUUCUUUUUUAAUUUUGUCUCCAUUUAAUUUGGUGGUGAUGAAAUUUACUGGCUGAUUUUCUUUUAUUUUCCACUGAAUGAAGUUUGUGCUUGAAUGAAGAGUGUAUCUUAAACCCUUUUUUUUGGAUGGAUUGCACUUGGAUAAAAUAGGCACCACUGUGUUGAUAUGUAAUUAAAUCCAUAAUCAUUAUUUAUCUGUGAAUGUGACCAUCGUCAAAUUUAAUUAUAGUGUAUUCCUCUGUUGGAUUUUAGUCUGCUGCUUUGUAAAAAUAACUGUAAUUGAUAUUUCAGUUUUUAAAUUUGCAAAGUCUAAUCAUUGUCAUUCAGGUUAUUAGAAAUGAGGCAUCAAGGAGCUAACAUAUGGUUCUGUACUCAUUUUAAAAAAUUGUAAAGGUUGAGGUAUAUUUAGUGACUUUCUCUGAGACAAAAAUGAACACUGAAAAUAGGUGAGAAAUUGAUGAAGGGAAAUAUGGGUAGUGAUUUCAUGUUUGCUAAUAAAUUGCCAUCAUGGAGGUCAGAGAAUGAACUAAUUAAGUAAAAGUAACUGUAUUUUUUGUAUACCUUGUUCUGUGUCAUCUGUAAAAUUGAACUGGAUAAAGUGUUAAUUUGGGCCUGGAACAAAGCUUUGUUUUAAGGUUCUGAGCUAAUCAUUUUAUUGUUUUGUUGACCUUGUAUACAAAAAUGAGGUUAAUCUGUAUUGUAAAAGAACUGAUAAAUAUAAAAUGACAGAUGUGGACCACAGGCUUUCUUUACCAUGUACAGUAUAGUAAAAACAACAACAACAACAAAAAAACCCUUUACUUCUGGCAUAGGGUCAUGUCCUGUAAUUUUGGGGCUGUUUUACCUCAAAGUGUGUUUCUGCUCUUUUUCUGUUGCAUCAGGUUUAUUUGAAAAUUGUUUUGUGCCUAUACAUUAUAACAUUUCCCAAUGGUGGUUAAGAAUUAUGCUAUAGUCAGUUUUAUUGGCAUCGUUUGAUGAAAGAAAGAUGGCUGUCAAGAAGAUAAAAGAUGAAAAAUGAGUAAUUAACUGUUUCAGAAUACUGUGGACUUGUGAAUCUUUAGUGUACUGUUGACUCUUUUUCUUGGUUUAGUCUGCUGUCUUGAAGUGCGUCAUGAAAGCCCCCAUUUAUUAUGUAGUGAUACAGCAGCCGAAGCAGGACUUCAUUACAAAGAGCUCUUGUGAAUUUACGUCAUUGCCAAUUAUCAUAACAUUUCCGAAGUAUAAAAUAUAUUUUAGGCUUAUGCAUGAUGUUUUGGAGUGCGUUCACACGCCAGCCUUUCUCCCAGCAUACCCUGAGCUGCCUUUGGGGGGCAGUGGCAUGAUUGGUCAUACAUGCAUGUUUUCUGUACCUUGCAGAAUAGAGUGCCUUAGCCAGGCCAGAGGUUUGCUUUGUGUUUCUUCUGACCAAAAUUACCUAGACCUGUAAGAAGUUUCUUUUCAGGUUAUGGUAUGAAAAAUGUCCUUUAUGCUUGUCAGAAAGUAAUUCCCCUAUAUUUGAGGGGGGCAUGGGAUAGAAAAAUCUUAAAAAUUACCUGAGUAUGUUAAUGCUGCCUUUUAUGAUCCUUCAAUAGCAUUCAUGAUCCUAGUGUAACGUACAGUUUUAAAUUGCCACAAUUUAACCAACAUUCCUCCCUUAAUGUGUAAUAGACAUAGUUUAUGGGUUCUAGUCUUAAGGGUAAUAGAGUGAAUAACUUCCACAUACAGAACUAAAUAGUCUUCCCUGGCAUUUUAAUAAUAUCAUGGUUAAAUUACUUUUAAUUGUAAUUUUAAAAAGAAGGUUCAAUGCUGAUUAUGGCCUAGAAUGUUAUAGUACUAUCACCAACAUUUCAUUUUUUUUAAUAUAGAGCUGUUAGGAAGAGGAGUGUAUGUCUAGGGUUGCCCAAAUUCUAAAUAGUUACCGAAAGAAUAUUGGUCAUGACCUAGAGCCUGGGCAUUGGGGGAACAUGCAAAGGAGAAAGCAGGCAUAGUAUCCACUUUAAGGGGAAGAAGAGAUCACUUUAGUGCCCAAUGAUCCUACUGCAGUGCACAGUUUAAAAUUGUCACAACUUAGUCAUUCCUCUACUAACUUCAAGUUCAAAUGUGAAUUUGAAAGACUCCUAAGUGUGCAGUUUUCAAAGAAUUAUUUUAUUUUGUAGUCAGUCCAAAAACAUUUGGAAUGUACCUUGCUUUCCAAAGCAGACUUUGAUUCUCUAAGUUAUGGAGGAUAAAAAGAUAAGCUGAAGGUGUUU